AUGUCUGUUUUAAUUCAGUGCUCAAAGCACAUACGCACUGCGUACAAUUUAAGCCGUCAUAGGAUUAGCAACACAUUAAUAUCAAAUACGAAUUCUCAUAUUUCCCAUAAAACAUUUCCAGAAACCAACAAUGGAAGUAUUCCAUAUUGUAAUACAAAUAUACUACCAAAUAGGUCAUUUUUUUCAUCAGCUAUUCAUCAAAGCUCAUCAGCUAACAAAAUCGAUGAAUACAUCAGAAAAACUUGA